AUGAGCACUCAUUCAUUGAUAAUUGAUCCAAGUGAUGAAAAUUAUAUAAUUCAAAAUGUUUUCAUGGGAGAAGAGCUUCAAGAGAUAAAAGAAUUUAAUAUCAAACCAACUCCAAAGGUCCCUUCUGAUUUAUUAGAUUAUAUGGAAAGCUAUAAUGUGGACAAUAUUAUAGAUCUGAGAAAACGGAUCAACCAUACAGUAUUGAAUAUUUUAGCUCUUAUAAUAAAAUUAAUUCUACGUAUUUCAUUUUAUAGAUUAAGGGAAUAUGAAAAUGAAAAUUUCACAAAAAAUCAUCUUGAAGCAUGGUAUACAAUACAUCUAUGGAAUUUUAUUGAUAAAGUAUUUGAAGACCUAAAUGAAGUUGAAAUAGUUAGGGGAGAACCUUGCAGCAUUGCUUCUGCUGAACGUAAAAAUAUGUAUAGAACAGUUCCUGCUGUCAAAUCCUUAAAAUGUAAAUCUAUGGGCAAUUGUGGUGACAUGUUGAUUAGAAAAGAUCAAUAUUGCAGCUUGUGUAAAUACAUUGAUUAUGAAGAAGAUAAAUUUAGAAAAUUUGAAACAAUUGCAUUCAUCCAUUCUGGAAUGAUGAUAAUGCAAUUACGGUUAGAUUCACCAAUGGGCUACAUAUACAGAAUUUCACAAACCAAAACCUAUGAAAUUCCAACUCAAAUUAAUGAAUUUGGAAAAAAAGUACUACCUGCUCUCAUAGUAGCAUGGAAAUCUAAAAUGAUUGUUAGAAACAUGAUUAAAUUGGUGGAAAAUAAUGAUUAUUCAAAAGCAGAAUAUUUAGAAUACUUACAAGAUUGUGAUGAAUAUUCUGAAUACAGACAUGUUACUUUACCUAGACAAAUUGCUCAAUAUAUGCCACAUAAUAGGCUCUUAACAGAUGAUGAAUGGCGAAGUCUUGGUAUAAAACAAUCAAAAGGAUGGGAACAUUAUUUGAUUCAUGCACCUGAACCACAUAUUUUACUUUUUAAACGAGAAAAAUUUUACAAACAAAAAUAUUUAACUGAACAAACAACUGAGCCUGACAAUCCAACUACCACAACUACCAUGUCUACAAAUGUUAAUGUUGAUAACAAGGCAUUAUGA